AUCGUUGUUCUCUGGUGACCUGAAGUGUCUCUUUUAUCCUUAUUUAUGUCACUUGUGGAUUUGGGCAAGCGCUUGUUGGAAGCAGCUCGCAAAGGACAGGAUGAUGAAGUGAGGUCACUUAUGGCCAAUGGAGCUCCGUUUACCACAGACUGGCUGGGAACCUCACCGCUACAUUUAGCAGCACAAUAUGGGCACUACUCGACCGCUGAGGUGCUUCUCCGUGCUGGCGUGAGUAGAGAUGCCCGCACUAAAGUUGACCGCACACCACUCCACAUGGCAGCAGCAGAGGGCCACUCAAGCAUUGUUGAGUUACUGGUUAAGAGCGGAGCAGACAUCAAUGCCAAAGACAUGCUGAAAAUGACCGCCUUGCACUGGGCCACAGAACAUGGGCACAGGGGAGUCGUGGAGCUGUUGGUCAAAUACGGUGCAGAUACUCACGCCCUCAGCAAGUUUGAUAAGACUCCGUUUAACAUUUCAGUGGACAGAGGAAACACUGAUCUGAUGCUCUUGCUACAGGAGGGAAUGCAGAAUCAAGUGAACAUGAAUCCAGAGAGGACUAUCCUGAGCAGCACGUCGCCUGCCACCUCCAGCCCUCAGUUCAUCAUCUCCUCCUCUGGGGUGGUCAAUCUUUCUGAUAUUGUUCUCAGCAAUGCUAAGUCCAAUACAGCUGCUUCAGAGAGUGUGAUAGCUGCUGAUUCAGUAGAUUCUGCCAUUCAGCAUCUUGUAGGGGAAGAUGGCCAGAGAGUUAUCACUAUAGUAACCGACCAACAGGGAAACCUGCAGCCUGGCAACUUGGGACAUAAAUUCUUUGUCACCAUGCAGGGGCAGCAAAUGGUUGCAGUGCCAGCAGGUCAGAUUGCAGAAGAAAUCGUAACUGAGGAGCCCAAACCAGUUCCAUCACGAAAGCGGAAAUUUGAAUCAACGAUGAACCACACAGAUGUCAAGCAUAAGGAGCCCGAUGAGAAGGACAGUCGAGAAGUACUGGAACAGCAGCUAAAAGAAGCAAACAGAAAAGCGCAGGAGUACCGACAGCAGUUAAUGCGGAAGGAACAGGAAGCUGAGCAGUACAGGCUGAAACUAGAAGCCAUUGCCAAUGGACAGACCAACGGCACAGAGCCCCAAGAGGAAGUAGUACUCCAAGAAGAGGAAGAAGAGGAGGAGGUAGUUGGUGAAGAGGAAGUUGUCAUGUUGCCAGAAGGCACCAUCAUCAUUAAAGAGGAACCUCUGGAUUCAACAACAGGAGAAACUGUGACAUUAGUGGAGUCGACAGAUAUCACAGCCAUUUCUGAGGACACGCCGUAACGGUGAACCCAAAGACUCAAACACUCAGGAAUUACAAACACUCUUUUAGUCUGUGUGCCUGAA